AUGCCGUACGGCGGAGAAUCCAAGCUCCCAGACCGCAACCACGUGGCACUGCAGCAUUCGAUGCCCACGGCUUGCGAACGGCCGCCGGUAAAACGGCACCUGGACCUGAGCCAGCUAAGGCGUUUUAAAGAGCAGCCAAGCAGCGAUGCCCAUCGCUCGCUCCAGCAUUCCCGGGAUAAGCACAGGACCUGCGGACCCAGAUCCCGCCGGCGGGGCGGGGCCGGCGCCACGGCCGGCGGCCUGACGGGAGUUGUAGUCCGCCGGCACAGCCCGCACUCCGCGCCGCCAUCCCGGACUGCAUUUCCCAGGGGGCGCUGCGGGCGCCUGGCAGCCGCUAGCGGGGCAAUGGCGGCCGCGGUGGCCCUAGCGGUCCGGGGGUGCGGCGGGGUCUGGCGCCGGGCGCGGCAGCGCGGCGCGGGGCAGCCGGGGCCCGGGCCCGGCCCUUUCCCCCGCGGGCAGAGGGCUGUCGCCUGUAACGCGAGAGGCGGGGCGGUGCCGGCGGGGAAGAGCGGGCUUGCUCCGUGGGUACCAGUGGUGGGUCUGGAGAUUCAUGCACAGAUCAGUUCCAACUCAAAACUCUUCUCUGGUUCCCAAGUCCAGUUUGCAGCACCUCCCAACUCUUUGGUAUCUUUCUUUGAUGCCUCUUUACCAGGAACUUUACCAGUUCUCAACAGGAGAUGUGUAGAAGCAGCAGUGAUGACAGGCCUGGCUCUCAACUGCAGCAUAAACAAGAAGUCCUUGUUUGACAGAAAACACUACUUCUAUGCAGAUCUGCCUGCUGGCUAUCAAAUCACUCAGCAAAGAGUUCCUAUUGCAGUGAAUGGAUGUCUGUCAUACAGUCUCUGCAUAGACAGCAAGAUGAGCCAGAUGGUGACCAAAACUGUGAGAAUUAAACAAAUUCAGUUGGAGCAAGACAGUGGAAAAAGUCUCCAUGAUGAUACAAGGAGCCAAACCCUUGUGGACUUGAAUAGGGCUGGAGUUGGUCUCAUGGAGGUUGUCAUGGAGCCUGAUAUGUGCUGUGGGGAAGAAGCAGCUGCAGCAGUCAGAGAGCUUCAGCUCAUUCUGCAAACACUUGGGAGCAGCCAGGCAGUCAUGGCAGAGGGUCAGCUGAGAGUGGAUGCCAAUGUUUCUGUGCAUCACCCUGGAGAGCCUUAUGGAGUGAGGACUGAAGUGAAGAAUAUCAAUAGCAUACGAUUUCUGGCAAAAGCAAUAGACUAUGAAAUACAGAGGCAAAUUGAAGAACUUGAAAAUGGAGGGACAAUUUUGAAUGAAACAAGAGCCUUUGAUUCCAAGCUUGGGUGCACAGUACCAAUGAGAGACAAAGAAGGAAAACAGGAUUAUCGGUUCAUGCCAGAGCCAAACCUUCCCCCAUUGAUUCUGUACGAUACAAAAUCUUUGCCGGCUAAUAUGAACCAUCAGCAAGUGAUAAAUAUUGAUUGGAUUCAUGAGAGACUUCCUGACCUCCCCAGUGUGAAGAGAAAAAAGCUUGUUGAAAAGUAUGGGAUUCUUCCUGAACACAGCUUCACCUUAUUGAAUGAAGACGGACUAGCAGAAUUCUUUGAAAGUGUGGUAAAACGGACCCAAAUGAAGCCAAAGAAGGUGAUCGGCUGGAUUCUAAACGACCUGCUCAGUUACUUGAAACAACAUUCCCUUACAGUAAAGGAAAGCCCAGUCAGUUCUUUUCUCCUGGGUGACCUCUUGAACCUUUUAGAAAAAAAAGAAAUUUCUUCUACAGCAGCAAAGCAGGUAUUUGCGGAAUUGUGGAAGGGAGAAGGGAAGACUCCCCUUGAAAUUGUUAAAGAACAGAAACUUGGACUGUUACAGGAUCAAAAAGAGCUUGAACAGAUCUGCCAGGCAGUGAUUGAUGGACAAGAAAAUGAGGUUAUGGCGAUAAAGGCAGGAAAUCAAAAAGUUCUAAAUAAGUUAAUUGGUCUGGUACAAAAGAAAACACAAGGACGGUCCAAUCCUGUUCUGGUGAAGCAAUUAUUAGAGAAGAAGCUAUCAGAGUAGCCACAAGAGAAAAAGCACACAAGCAACUAAAGAAGCAUGUGCUUUGUUCUGUCUACAAGUGAACUUCGUCGUCUCCUUGUGCAGCAUCACGCUUGUUGGUUAUGCUUCAAGCAGCUUGAAGUCCCAGCCUUCCCUGGAGGCAUCAGCCAAGCUCAGAUGGGCCAGAGAAAAGCAGGAUACAGCCAUUUGCAUCUCCCAUGCUUUGAUGUGGCACUUAGAAAUGUGAUUUCCAAACAGCCCUGGGAAACAAGCUCCCAGAGGUGUCUGUGAGUACACAGAGAGCUGAAACUGCAUGGGUUAGUUUUCCAAUAAAGCGGGUACAAACUCA